UUUUUUUAGUUUUUUUUUUCUCUCUCUCCUUUAUUUAUUUUUUUUCGGUCGCAAGUAGGAAGCUUUUUGCACUCCACCACCUCUGGCCGCUGGGAAGACGUCAUCGCUUCCGCCCUACUUCCUCCUCCUGUUGGCGGUGGUGAGAAUCCAAUAUGGAGUAAAUCGGUGGAGUCUAGAGAUGGGGCUCGGACGGGGCACCCUGCACCGCCUCCAAGGCGUACCUCCCCCGGCAGCCGACCGCUCCCCGGAACCGUGAUUGGCCCGCCCCCCCACCGGGGGCGACACCGGACCCAGCCCCUGCCCGUGGUCGGCCCUCCUCCUCCUCCUCCGCCUCCUUCUCCUCGUAGCGGCAGCCCCGCCGCUCCGAGGCGCGCUUGUUUUUCUCCUGCUCUCCCCCACCGCGGUCCCUGGUCCCAGUGUCGCCCUCCGCGCGCUCAGAGCCCCGAGCCUCCACCCGCAGGGCCCGCGGCGCUCACUCUCCCCGGCGUAGCUCGUGCACCCCUUCCCCAGACCUCGCCCGCGGCGCUCGGGUCGCCCCGCUUCCCCUUCUGCUGCGGCGCCCCUUCAUCUCCAGCACCCCCACCCCCACCAAAUCAGGCGAUCUUCGGAGAUGUGAAGAAGGGGGGCGAGCGCACAGGAAGAUGAAGGGAGCAAAGCUGCCCGCCGCGGGACAGGCGUCUAGGUGAACAAGAAAAUGACCGAAGAAACACACCCGGACGAUGACAGCUAUAUCGUGCGUGUCAAGGCUGUGGUUAUGACCAGAGAUGACUCCAGCGGGGGAUGGUUCCCACAGGAAGGAGGCGGCAUCAGUCGAGUCGGGGUCUGUAAGGUCAUGCACCCCGAAGGCAAUGGACGCAGCGGCUUCCUCAUCCACGGAGAACGGCAGAGAGACAAACUGGUGGUACUGGAAUGCUACGUAAGAAAGGACUUGGUCUACACCAAAGCCAACCCGACAUUUCAUCAUUGGAAGGUGGAUAACAGGAAGUUUGGACUGACUUUCCAAAGCCCUGCUGAUGCGCGAGCCUUUGACAGGGGAGUGAGGAAAGCGAUCGAAGACCUUAUAGAAGGCUCAACGACUUCAUCUUCCACCAUCCAUAAUGAAGCUGAGCUUGGAGACGAUGACGUUUUCACAACAGCUACAGACAGUUCUUCUAAUUCCUCUCAGAAGAGGGAGCAACCUAGUCGGACAAUCUCCUCUCCCACAUCCUGUGAACAUCGGCGGAUUUAUACCCUCGACCCGUACCCCCCGGACCAUUACCACCUCGACCAGCGCAUGCCGAGGCCCUACCCGCAGGUGAGCUUCCCCGAGGACGAGGAGGAGAUCGUGCGCAUCAACCCCAGGGAGAAGAUCUGGAUGACGGGCUACGAGGACUACAGGCACGCGCCGGUCAAGGGCAAGUACCUGGACACCUCGGAGGACGCGGACUCCUACGUGCGCUUCGCCAAGGGCGAGGCCCCCAAGCACGACUAUAACUACCCCUACAUGGACUCCUCGGACUUCGGCCUCGGCGAGGACCCCAAGGGCCGCGGGGGCAGCGUGAUCAAGACGCAGCCCGCCCGGGGCAAGUCCCGGCGGAGGAAGGAGGACGGGGAGCGCUCGCGCUGCGUGUACUGCAGGGACAUGUUCAACCACGAGGAGAACCGGCGGGGCCACUGCCAGGACGCGCCCGACGCCGUGAGAACUUGCAUCCGCCGCGUGAGCUGCAUGUGGUGUGCGGACAGCAUGCUCUACCACUGUAUGUCGGACCCCGAGGGGGACUACACAGACCCUUGCUCGUGCGACACCAGCGACGAGAAGUUUUGCCUCCGGUGGAUGGCGCUUAUUGCCUUGUCUUUCUUGGCCCCUUGUAUGUGCUGUUACCUGCCGCUGCGGGCCUGCUACCACUGCGGGGUGAUGUGCAGGUGCUGCGGCGGGAAGCACAAAGCGGCCGUCUGACUCAGUUUCCCCUCCUCCGUGCGCAGCCACGAGGGGACUCGUCGUCUCUUGCACACUCUCGUCUUUUCCUCUGCUCCCAGGGGCGAGGAGAGGCACCAUUCCGGCCUAGGGAACCCUCCUGGUGGACUCUCCACACCCAUCCACGCGCUCGCUCAGUGUUCUAAGGAAAGAAACCUUCUGCUUCGACGCUCGUGUAUUAUUACCAGCCUGUACUCAAGCUAUACCUGUCCUACCCCGUGUGUUGGUUUUCCUGUCUCCUUUCCCGUCUCUUCCGGUUCUCUGCGGUGUACACUGCUGGUUUUCAGUGGGUUUUGUAGUUGCUUUUUCCAGGAGCUCGGAAGAGGCUCUUUCUCUGGGGUGAGCUCGCCUCUUGCUGGUGAGUGUCCAGUUGCUGCGGAGACCUGACGUCAGAGCGAUGGAACAAACCCUGCCAGAAGUAUUCUAACCUGCAGUCAGUUAUUAUGUACAGGAGGUGAGCUGUCAACAAUCUUGUACCGUAAAACAAAACCGCUUUAAUGUGUCUAAAGCCAGGUUGCCUAUGUAAAACCAAGGUUGUAUCUUUAUCCAUCUACAUAUUUCUGCCCCGCUCCCCACUCCCCAAAAUCUGUUGAAUUUAUUCACUGAUGCAAAGCAUUCACCUGUCAAAUGAUGGAAAUUGAGCCUUAACUUCAGAUUAACUUGCGAGAAUCAGGAAAAAUCCCUUAAACUGAAUCAUAUCCUCGUGGACCAGGGCUAGACAGGGGAUUUCAGGUUUCUAUGAACCUCCCCAGUUAUUCAUGAAAUACAACUUUUUAAAAUUGUGUUGCCACCACUUGUAAAAAAUAACAAAAACAAAACAAAAAAAAAAACCCAGCAAUAUUAGAAUAAGAUGCUAAUGAAGUCAGAAAUUCUGCUUAUUCUUUUGCAAACCAGAUAGUCUAUUCAAACCCCAACCAGUGUUCUACAAACAAAUUCCCGUUGAAAAACACUAAGGUUGUGGUGAAUAAAAUUGUAGGAGCUCCCUACCCUCACCCCCGCCCCGCUACUGUUUUAUAUUAACCAGGGGGAGUUUUAAAUGUCAUAAAUUUGAAGAGUGAUUGUUUGCAUUUUGUUCAUAGGAUUAUGUUAUUUUGCUUUCAUUUUGGACUCAAUUUCACACUACCAAAUUCUUCAUUUAUACUUGGGAAAAAACAAGGCCAUAUGUAAAAACCCUCUAAUGCCUAAGUGUCUUUCUCCUGCAACUUCACACCCAGACCUGCCACCUUGGGUGCAUAGAUGGUUAGGUUAGCCGACUGGUUCUACCUGUUGCCUUGCCAUGUAGGAGGCUUCGAAUUAACUGGAAAAGAGUAUUUUUCUAACGUAUUGCAAGGAAUAGCCAAAUCUUCUUAUGGAAGAAAGAAGAAACAUGAAGAAUGGUUACUUGUACCUAGCAUAGUACAAUCAGAACCUCGUGGAGACCACAGGGGACAAGCUUGUCAGUGCUGGCUCUUCUUCCCACCAGUUCUCCCAUGGUAACUGCCAGCUGAAGGCAUGGCUUGGUCUCCUCUCCUCCCUUUCCCCAAUCCCCUUCCUUAUUGCACAGGACAUCAGUCUUCAAGGAAAGGGACUUUCUUACAGUCUGCCAGUCUUAACUGGGAAAAUGCUAGCCAUGCUUACCUUCCUGGGAAUGUUUGCGGCUUGCCUGAGAGCCCAUCCCAUUUCUUUAGACAGAUCAUCCGUGUAAAUACCCACUGUGCUUAUGAGUUAGUUGGUAGACUUUUUCACUUGUUGGAAUAACUGGUUGGGGCUUUCCAGUGUGGAAGAGGAACAGAGAGCAGUCCAUCUGGAUCAACAGAAGGAAAGGACCUUUCCCUGCCAGAAGAACAUCUCAAAAACCCUCAGCCAGCCUCUAAAGCUGCGGAGAGACCAUCUGCCCCCCACCCGCACCCCCGCCCUGAGGGAUCACCUCGGGUCCUUUCUCUAAGGUCACCUCUCUACAAAGCACAACACUAAUGUACGCUUCCUCAGACCUCAGUUCAAGUGCCCCCUAUUUAUUUCACUGAAAACACCCCAGCAGUUUUGUGUUUGUCACUUCUCUCUUGUCAUUACUUGUCCUUCUUUUACCCUUGCUGAUGUCCACCCCUUCUAAGAGUUAUGCUGGCAGAUCUUACUCAGCGAACACUUUUGUGUUUGCAGGCAGUGGUUAAAGGCACAAAGACGGCCGUGGGGACAUCUGUGUAAAUACGUCUCUCUGAUCGCCACACUGCUGCUGAACAGUGUGUAGUAUUUUCCCAGUCAGCUUUGCCAUACCGACGUCAAUCAUUUGAGAGAAAUUAUUCAGAUUUUAUUUUUGUAUCUGUGGUAACAAACAUUAACCAAAAGAUUUUCUGUUUGGAGGCUUCUCCCAGUGACCUUCUCCACCCAAGCUAUUUGCUCUCAUUAACAAAUGAAAGUGCCUCAAGCAUAAUUCAUUCUUUACCUGUAUACUAAAAACCCUGUUGUAUUGAUUUUUUUAUAAUAAGCCUUUUUACCUCUGUGUAAAAAAUAUAUAUACAAGUGUAUGAUGUACAUUUUAGUUCUUAACUUUUUUUUAUGGUUUCUAAUAUGUAUGACUAAUGUAGCCAUUGCUUUAAAGAUGUACCAUGUAAAUACAGACACAUCCUACCAGA